CUAAUUUCAGAUACAAUAUUUUGUUUAAUUCGUAUGAGUUGGUUUUCAUUUAGUAGACUAUGAAUAUUGGGCUUUGCAGUUGAGUCGUGUCAAUGUUUGUAAUUGUCAUAAUUGGUCCACAGACACCGUUGUCCAUGGGGAAAACAACGCAAUGAGUUCUGUUAUUUGACAUGCAUGGGAUGUGUGAAAAUGACAUGACAAAUAUUUAUAACAUUCUAUUACUAUAUCAUUCAAAAUAACAGCCUAUUCACUUUAAGAUGAUGAAAAUGUCUCACGGAAUAAUUUCACGAACUUUUUUUAAUACACAGACGUUCAUUACUUUAAGCCAAAGUGUUACUUUAUACAGAUUUUUUUACAUUUAUUUCCGAACUAAGAUGAACAUUUUAUUUUAGGCCUAAUUAUGAAUGAACUAUUUCACAAGGGAAUAAACUAGCUAAUUGUUAGGAUGCAAGACUGACCAUUUCUAACACUGUGAUGACAUGGGUUUAGGCCUACUAUCUAUCAAAGUCUAAUUUAGGACUGAAAUACAGAUUUUUUUUUAUUUUAAUUUUUUGUAGAAGUGUAGAAAUAAAUGAUGUGUUAUUUGCUUUGAUAUGCAUGACAACAGCUGCAUUUGGAUAUUGAAUGUUUCUCAAUAUCAUCCAUGGGAAAUCCUUCUGCAUCUCCCAAAAGCUGAGAGGAUGUUUGAUGUUUGACUUGACGUAUUUAUUAAAUAGGCCUAUAUCACUUUUAUAUUAAUUCAAUAAAUAUGACACACACGAUUCGUACAAAAAAAAAUUGACGUCAAACACUCUUAUAUCUUCUGUCAUCCGCUCCGUCAGGACCUUCUCCUUAGUUCAAGUUGACAGAAGACAUUGGAUCAUCGCUCAGUUUUCCCUGCAAGCCACCAUCUUAGCUCCUGCCCACCUGGAUCCCAGCUUGAGGAAUAUUUCUCAACAAAUAAAGAAAUGCAAUACAUCUAGCCUGAGAAGGAACGAGAGACUGUGUCCCUACACCCCCAUCUCUCCAAGACUUUCACAUACCUUCUCCUCAGAAUAACCUGCAUUGUGAGCACAGAAUCAUUCAGCACCAUGUCCAAGGAGGGUCACGCGUGCAAGGUGACCUCCGUGUGCAAGCACAAGGAGCGCAAGCCCAAGAAGCCCCACUACAUCCCACGGCCAUGGGGCAAACCAUACAACUAUAAGUGCUUCCAGUGCCCCUUCACCUGCAUGGAGAAGUCCCAUCUCUACAACCACAUGAAGUACAGCUUGUGCAAGAACUCCCUGUCCCUGCUCAUUGAGUCCGACUGGCCCUAUAAGAAGGGCAACCUGCUGCACCCAGACCAGAUCCGGCCCCUUCAGCAGGCACACUGCCUCCGGACCGCGGCUGGGAAAGAGGAGCCCGAGCCCUCCACAGGGACCGAGGAGAGGCCAAGGCAGCGGCGUGCAGUGGAGGAGGACAGAGACAAUGGACAGAGUCCGGCAGGAGAGGAGGAGAGGGGACAGGGAGAAGGGGCUGAAGUCAACGGGAUGACCAGAGAGAGUUCCAAUAACAGGAAUUCUUCAGAAGGGACGACCAAGAGAGCAAGUAAGGGGCCUGAACCUGAGUUGCUGAUGGCCGAUAUGUUCUCUCUGGAGGACCAACUGCUGCGGGCACGUACUGUGGAGGUGGAAGCCCAGCUGAAGCACUACAAGUUGUCCAAGACGUGCCUGACAGCCCCCGGGCUGCUGUCGGAGCAAUGGCGUCUGCUGGCCACCAGCCAAACCAAGGCCAAAUCCGAGGGCGCCCAGCCUAGAGUGGGCAGCUCCAUCCCUUGCUACCCUCUUCCACCUGGCCUGGUGGACUACCAGGAUCCCACGGGACUCAACCUGUCUGUCCUCGGGGUGGGCUAUCCCCUGAGCCCCAGCCUCUUUUCCUAUGUGAACUCAAUGAACGCAAUCCCCACGCCUACCACCAAUGUUAAUACCCCAACUCAUGCGCAGCUAGCCCAGCUCCCCUUCCUGGCGUCGGCCGCUCAGCUCAUGCAACCGGCGUCCGGUGCACACCACCCCGCCGACCGGAGCCUCCUGCCACCCCACUUCUACUACCCCUUCCUCUGUGAGCAUGCCUUCGGAGCAGCCUCCGCUCAGAGUGACAUCAGCAAGGGGCUUAAGACCUCCGUGAAUGGCCUGGAGCCCAACUCCAGUUACCAGCCCAAAAUCAACUUGUGGAAGGUGCCUGCUCUGAGGCCAGGUACCCCUACCACCUCCCCUGCCGCCUGGGUGUCCCCCCAGAGAGAGUCACCAGACCCUUCCUACAGGACAGGGGACAAGUUUGAGGCUGCAGCUAAGGAGGGGAAGCCAAGCUGGGGCCUCAAGAGGACAGGGGCCACCUUGGGGACCCACAAGUCCCCUGUGGAGAAGAGGCCAGCCCUUGGGUUCACCCUGGACCUCCUCAAGAACAUUCACAAAACCAAACCAACAGAAAAGCUCCUCCUCCACAGCAGUUUUACGAAUGCUCAGUCUGAAGUCCAGCCAGCAGAGCAGUGGUACACAGAUCCCCCCGCAAGCCCAGUCAGUGAUUCACCUUCUCUGCCGCGUUGUAGAAGACCCAGCAGCCGGGACUCUACCACUGGCCAAGGGACGGGGGAGGCAUCUUCAGAACCAACAACAGCUGCUGCCCUCCUCAGCGAUCUCUCCAAGGCUCUACAGGAGUACCAGGAGGCUGAACGCAAGAUCGCCCACUUGGAGAAAGAAGACCUCCCUGCUCAGGGACACCUAUGGGAACACCUGAACAAGAUCCGCAGCGAGCUCUCCCACAUUCACCAUGCACUGGAGAGGACAGUUCGCCAGAGCGAAGGACCCCUGGACCUCUCGGUCAAGAAGGAACACCCUGGAGUGACCAAUGUGGUUGCCACUGGCAACCAGGGCCUCGAGGGAGCCUCACUUAAAGAUGAUAUUACCAUGGAGACCGAGGAGGAAGACGAGGAGACCAAGGAGAGGGACGAGGAGGAAAAGGAGAAUGAGAGGAGGAAGGAAGCGAUGAAGGCUUCGUUGGAGAGUCGCAAGCAGUCUUUGGACGUGCUGAUCAAGAUGAGUCAGGUGGGGGUGAAGACGGAGGUCCUAUCCUCAGGAGGGUUGGGGUUGAGGCCCAGCCAGGCGGAGGGUCUCUGGCCAGGCAGGACCACCAAGUGUGAGGCUGACUCCAGCGUGCUGCUUUGCCCCGAUGGACGGCCCCUCGCGGUCUUCAAUGACUUCCCCACCUUCUCCACCAAAAACUCCAAGAGGCCCCCGUCCAUCCAGCAACUACGGGAACCACAAUGUCCGCCAAGCCCCUUGACCACAAUAGACUCCUAAACCUCUCUUGAGAAACUCAAUUUCCCAGCUUGCCACAGAAAGCCCUCCUUAAGACUACACAGUAGCACUAUUUUAUUUUGUUCAUGCACUCCCAGACUCUCAGUGUCCAGGCAAGCGCUUACACCACUAAUGUACUUUACAACACUACCCCCAUCUCCCCAUAAAGACGACAAGCAUCGUACCUUCAAAAAAAAGGGGGCGAAUGAAGAAGUGGCUGAGAAGAAGUGACAUUUAACAUAAGACUAGUACCCUCAAUCAGUUCUCCCUAUUAAAAUGGUGAUUGUUGAUGCAGGAUUAUUUGGAAAAACUAUUCCAAUGGGCAGUAGCGAUGUUUGAAAUGAAAGACUUGUUAUGCGACAAAAAAUGUAUUUGCGCUUAAAAGAGUGACUGCAGAACACAUGAAAAUAAAAACCUUGUUUUAAUAUCUAAGCUAUGAAUUAUCUUACAAUUCUGUCCCAAGUUGAGAGGCAGUCCUUUGAACUGAUUUGUACAUAUUGUAAUUUAUUUGAUUGAUGUAAUCAAAAUGAAUUAAGAAGUAAAUGUUAUGUUUUAUAUUAUGUCUUGUUUGAUUGUCUUAUGUGUCUGAUUAUACCAUUGCACUGUCCAUGUCCACUGUACAUGCCUAUAUCAAAUGCACUUUCAUUUAUUUGAAUAAACAAAGAAAUAUUGUCGUA